AAGAAGAAGAAGACCUCGGUGUCUUAACGCGUGAACACGCGAGACUUGAGCAGUCCGGAGGGUUUUCAUUCAUCAGUCCGAGGUUUAAAAGAUGGCCACUCCGGAUGUACGGCUCAACCAUACAAUCUACAUCAACAACCUGAACGAGAAAAUCAAAAAAGAUGAGCUGAAGAAGUCGCUGUACGCCAUCUUCUCACAGUUUGGGCAGAUCUUGGACAUCUUGGUGGCACGAAACUUGAAGAUGAAGGGUCAGGCCUUUGUCAUUUUCAAAGAGGUCAACAGCGCCUCCAAUGCCCUGAGAUCCAUGCAGGGCUUUCCCUUCUACGACAAACCCAUGCGUAUCCAGUAUGCCAAGCAGGACUCGGACAUCAUAGCUAAAAUGAAGGGGACUUACGUGGAGCGUGACCGUAAAAAGGAGAAGAAGAAGAUAAAAGGAGCUGACGGAGCCGGAGCUAAGAAGGGUGUACCAGGAGCUGCUACGCCCAUGGUUGCUGGGGUACCCGCUGCCAUGCCUGGAAUGCCUCCUAUGAGCCAGGCUCCACGUAUGAUGCACAUGCCAGGUCAGCCGCCUUACAUGCCACCUCCUGGCAUGAUGCCUCCUCCGGGCAUGGCACCUGGCCAGAUGCCCCCUGGUGCCAUGCCUCCUGGCCAGAUGAUGCCCGGACAGAUGCCUGGACAAAUGCCCCAGCAGGUUGCAGAAAAUCCUCCAAAUCACAUCCUCUUCCUCACCAACCUGCCAGAGGAGACGAACGAGCUCAUGCUGUCCAUGCUCUUCAACCAGUUCCCCGGGUUCAAGGAGGUGCGUCUGGUCCCUGGUCGCCACGACAUCGCCUUUGUGGAGUUUGACAAUGAAGUGCAGGCCGGUGCUGCACGAGAUGCACUACAAGGCUUUAAGAUCACACAGGCGAACGCCAUGAAAAUCUCAUUCGCUAAGAAAUAACGCCUCAAGACUUCACACACAGGUCUUUUUUAAAAAUGUACAGCAACGACACAAAUGAAAUUUUUAGAAAUGGACGUUUUCUGAUCAGUGCUGCACAAGUCGUUUUUCCCCCCUUCCUCAUUCCAGGAUUACAUGUAAGUAUACAGUCUUUGCAACAAGUUGCUUUGUUUUACCGCGUCGCACUGACAGCAACUUGAUGUCUUUUCUGUUUGUUUAAUUUUUUUUUUAACUGUUUGUCAUCAAGCAUUGCACCCAGAGUCUGGUCUACCAGACAUUGUACCUGGAGCUUAUUUCUUUUUAUAAUUAAAACUCUUGUUUGAGACUGUG